GUAUCAUCAGCCCCGACACGCAGCCCCUACUACGCGACUACUCACCCUCGGGCCUGACUUUACGCUCUUGACAACAUUUGGCGACGUUGUACAAUCACCAGCUGUAAUUCUUCGCACCCUCAACCGCCACCAUGAUCAAACACACCAUGAUAUCGCGGCUCGAUGGCCUACUCUUGACAGCCUCGGUCGAUGAUGAGCAGAACGAUGCCGAGUUCAACGAGGUUAAGGGAAAAGUAAAGCUUGUGCAGCGACGCCUAAACCGUAACGCCGAACAACAAGCAAGUAUAGAGAGCGGCAGCUACACUUACCACUACAUAAUCGAAGGCGACCUCUGCUUCCUCUGCAUAUGCGACCGUUCCUACCCGCGCAAACUCGCCUUCACAUAUCUCUCCGACCUCCAACGCGAAUUCACCACCACAUACCAACCGCAGCAAUACCUCUCGCCCACAUGCCGACCGUACGCCUUCGUCGAGUUCGAUACCUUCAUCCAGCGCACAAAGAAGACAUACCAAGAUUCGAGGGCGACACAGAAUCUGGACAAGUUGAACGAUGAGCUGAAGGAUGUUACCAAGGUCAUGACCAAGAACAUUGAGGAUCUGCUGUAUCGAGGAGACAGUCUGGAGAGGAUGGGCGAUAUCUCGAGUCGGUUACGGGAGGAUAGUAGGAAGUACAAGAAGGCUGCCGUGCGCAUCAACUGGGAGCUGUUGUUGAAGCAGUAUGGACCUAUCGGCGGACUAGCCUUCAUCAUCAUCGUCUUCAUCUGGUGGAGAUUCUUUUAGACACAUGCAGUGAGUCGCUACUUUCAGCAUGUACCAAGGAGGGCGUUUCUUGGCACCGUCGGCGUUAGAGGCGCAUACAUUGCCUAGGAACGGCGAAAGAUACACAGCAAUACCCAAGCUUCAGCUUUUCGUAUACAAUUCUGAAUAAAACCCUGGUCCUACAUACGAUGUGAAUGCUUGCGCUGUCCAGAAGACAAGGAUACCCUUCCAAGCUUCAAGCUGUGAUUGGCUACAAGCACAUCGUGAGCACU